AUGACCGCGGAUGUGCUAAAAUCUCUGCCCCCCGAUGUACGUACUUUGAAACUAACUGGACAUGUUGGUUUUGACAGCCUGCCGGAUCAACUAGUCAAUAAGGCUAUCAGCCAGGGAUUCGUUUUUAACAUUCUAUGUGUUGGUGAGACUGGGAUUGGAAAAUCUACACUGCUUGAAACACUUUUCAACCAGAAAUUUGACUUCAACCCAUCAUCACAUGAUUUAACAGACCCUAAAUUGAAAGCUGUCACAUAUGACCUCAAGGAAGCAAAUGUUAAACUUAAGCUGACAGUGGUAGAAACCUGUGGAUAUGGUGAUCAGAUUAACAAAGAAAAUAAGUAA